CUGCACGGCUGGGCGGCGGCGGGCGAGGAGGCUCCCCCGGUGCCAAAGGGCGGCCACGGCGCGGUGCGCCCGCCUCCUUCCCCAUUCCUCCCACCCACCCCCAGCGCGGACGAAGCCAGCCCAGCCCAGCGCGGGAGCGGAGAGGCCGGGCCGGAUGGGGGAGCCGCCGCCGCUGCUGCUCCUCCUGCUCAGCCUGGCCGGGCGCGGGGCGGCCGGGGAGUCCAGCUUCCAGCAAGAUCUGCCCUCAGAAGAGCACUAUCGCUGUCUUGGACACUCCUGGCCCAUACCCCAGCAGGGGUGCCGGACACUGCCUAAGACCUACCAAGCAGAGGAGAGCAAGAUGGUGCUGGACACCGAAACAGUCUACAACCAGAGUGGGUCCCGCAGGCCGUUUGGGGCAGCCCCAGGAGAGUAUCUUUAUUGCCCCCCUCAACGCUGGCUGCACAACCUGAAGCACGGCGGUGUGGCUUUCCUCUACCACCCUUGCGCCCACCCCUCCCUUCGUGGCCAGCUGACCCUGCUCGCGCGAGCUUGCCUGCCCCACUACAUCCUAACCCCGCAUAAGGGCCUGACGCAGGAAUGGCCCCUGGCAUUGGUGGCACGGGGUGCCAGCCUGCAGAUGGCAGAGGUGGAGCUGGCCCAGGCUGUGGCUUGGCUGAAGAGGCACGCCGCCAAAGGGGGAAGGAGCAAGCCCUGGGCAGGCUGGAGGUAUCGCCAUCUGAUGAGGCGCCCGGCGGCACGGACUGCGGGCAAAGAUGUGUGCCCGGCGCACUGGAUAAAGGCUUUGCAGAAGUUGUUCUGCCGAUCAGGGACCAACCGGAGACGCCGUGAGCUGCCGGCGUCAGACAGAAAAGGCGCAGGGAAGUUUUCUCAUCCCAACGGGUCCAGCGAACGAGACUUGGCAGAAGCCAGCCGCAGCCGAGACAGAGCCACGGUCUCACCCUCUGCUUCUCCUAACUUGCAAGCCAAGGGGAAGGAACUUUUUGAGGCAUCAGAGGCCAAGGAAAACUCCCAGGCGGCUGCUGUGCCCCAGCUGGGCCUCACCUCCAGGCCGCAGCUGCUGCGCCCCAGGCUAGGUAUCAGACCGUUGGUUGCAACUGCCCAGACCCCACGGGGAGCCACCCAGAAGUUGGACUGUCCUUGUCCAGACGGAGACCACCACAGAGCCUCAGGCCAGCAGAUGAAGGCAGCAAAGGUGAAGGAGGCGGGUGGACGCGUGCGCACACCUCGCACCGAAGAAGCUGCGUGGGCUGCCAGCGCCCUGACCUUCUUGCUGGUCACGUUGACGCUGGCCGUCUUGUACACACAGCUCCACCGGAACUGCCGCCGCAGCCAGUCUCUCUACUGGACGAUGAGCUGUGAAGACGGGCGCGACACAGUGGCCACGGUCAUCAAACGCCGGACCCUGUCCGCCCAGAACAGGCGCAAGAAGAGACCCCGGCAGAAGCAGCACAGACCUCUUCUGCAGACGUCUAGCGAGAGCUCCGGGUAGGGCCUGGUUGGAGACACUGUGGCUCCAGGAAAAGAGGAAAUUGUGGGUCUCACGGGGGGAGGGGGGAGUGCCAGUUAGCACAUCUUUGACACCAUCUUGGCCUCGGGAGGAGCUGGCUCCUUGCCUUGACUAUUUUUGUAUUUCCUAUUAAAAUAUAUAUAUUUCCUACCAA